AAUUGAUUCAUUAUAUGUUAUUCUUCUUCCAUUAAAUAUUAUUCUUCCUUCAUUAUUUGGGAUUGUGGACGGCCCUCCUCACUAUAUAAACUCACCAUUCUCUUUCUCUAAGAGGACAAACUUCUCCUCCGCUAUUACUCCCUCUAUUUUCUCUUAAAAGUACUUUGAAGUUCUUUGGAAUUUGGAUUUCGAAAAACAUUCGGUCUUGUCCUUGCUGCAAUUGCUUUGGGUUCUAUUAUUAUUGUUUGGUGCCUAAUCGGUUAGUCUCUAUCGACGCAUUCUUUUAUAAUUCUGUAGCAUUUGUGAUAGCAAAGCAUAGAAAGCAUGUCUAUAGGAACUAAUUUAAAAUAAUUAUGAUUUUGGUUUUUUCACUGUCAUAAAGAAGAUUAAAAAAAGAAAAGAAUAGCUUACUAGAGUGUACUAUAACCAGUUCUAGCUGUUUUCUUGAACAGUAGCACAUUUUGUGCAAGUUGAAGACAUUCUGGGUAUUGCUGUUUGUAUUUUCUUGUUCUGUGUUUGCUUUGUUUGACUGUGGUUUCUUGUGAAAGUUUUGUCAUAAUUGAACACAGCUCAGGGUUUUACUUUUCAUAGAUAUUUUCUACUUUCUUUCUGAUAUUUUGUUGGGUUUUUGCUUUGUUUCUUGCAUGAAAAUGUAAGUUCUUUUUCCCCAUUUUCUUUUUUUGGGCCAAGGAGGGUGAGUGAUGUGGUGGGCAGAGGGGCUAGUGGGGGGGUCUUUUGUUUAAUUCUUUCCAAAUUAAUGUGAAGAUAAUGUUUGAUAGAAUCUUAUUGGGAAGACAAAGUGUGUGAAUUACAUUCAGCAGAGUGGGAGAAAAGGUGAAGAAAUUUAAGAGAGGAUUUUGAAGGAUGAAUGAUAGCUCAGCUAGAGAAAUGAAUCAGAGACAACCUCAAAGGCCUUGUGGUUGUGUACGCAUUUUCUUUCAGCUCUUUGAUCGGAACCAUAGAUUUGCCAAGAAGCUGUUUCCAAAGAAACUGCUUUCACCAGCUUGCUUGAAACAAGCUUCAAAAAAGUUUGGAGGGAAUGAGAAGAAGCCAAAGCUUCGUUUGAUUGCUGAUGAGAACAGUGGGUGUUUUCUAAAUGCAAAGAAUAAUGGAAUGACCGAUACACGUUGUGAAAGCAAGCGCGAAAUGAAAGCUCCAAGUUUGGUUGCUAGGCUCAUGGGUUUGGAAUCGAUGGCAGCAGGAUCAGGCAGUAAGCCCCAAAAGGCUUCAGCUUCUGCAACUUGGAGAAAUGUGGCAGACAAACUUGGUGCUUGACCUGGCGGAUCUGAUAAAGAAGAUAUGGAUUUCGAGAUGGCCGAAAUAAAGAGUUCAGAACCAGGUUUGCAAAGGUUUAGAGCUAAAUGUUCUCUCACUUAUCCUACUAGAUAUUUUUCUCCUUUGGAAGAUGAAGCAGAUUUAGUUGGGAAUUCACUUGAUCACCAUUCAACUGACAGCUACCUCUCCAGCAGUCCCAAUAAUAGCUUAUAGGACAAAGUGCUUGCUGAAUCAGUGGACUCUGUUGAUGAUGAACCACUCUUUCCAGAACCUGAUAGAGAUCUUUCGGAUUGUGAGACCUCAUUAUCCACCAGGAG